AUGCCUGGCCCUCCAACCACACAAAGGGCGGCCAACGAUGAACCCUCUCAACGCAAUGGAUCUAGGGACAUCGCUGCCAGUACCGAAAAGCCCCAGUUCUCUAGUCUGUUCGAGCAGAGAAUGUACCAAACUGUCGUCGAUGAACUCAGGAGCCUUACAGCCAUUGUGAGGGAACUCGCCAGUAGACUUCCCGCACCUAUAGAGGUCGACGCAGAUGAGUACCUUGAUAUACGAUUUUUGCUCAGAACGCCCUCGGAUGAGGAGUUGGUGGCCAGACUUGGAGUAGAAGGUAUUCUGGAUGCUCUUCGCGCACUCCGUGGGCCCUAUCUGCAAAUCAAAAGCAUCCGAUUCAUACCCAAGCCUAGCCCUCCGGCCUCCGGCUCCGAGGGUCCAAUGAUGUCCGAUCGCUGCGCAUCGCUAUUGAUUAUUGUCGAGACUUACCAGGCCGAGUAUGAGAUUCGGAAUAGCUCUUCACAAAUCAAGGAAGCCGUCCCGUUCUCACCCAAUUGUGUUAUGCUUCCGCGCAAGUAUCAAGUCCUUAUCCCGGACUUCGACAAGGACUGGGACAGGGGGACGUUCCCUGACUGGACAGCGUUUUUCAAGCAUUACACUCGCCAAGACGACAUUCAGGUCAGGGUUACCUUCCAGAGAUUCCUCAUAGAGACCACUUCCCUCGAGACCGCCCUGCUCAUUUGCCGAACGUCUAUCAAGGUCGGACACACGACGUUCAAAGCCAUACCAUUUGCGCAACAAGGCACCCCGAUGUUCUGUUUCAAAUGCAGCACGCCUGGUCACUUCAAGGAAGUCUGCGGAUACGGCCAAUUUCGAUGUGGACGUUGCUCAGGACAACACAGCACUGCCAGUUGUCAGUCAGGUGACAUGGUCCGGUGCUGCAAUUAUAUGGGGCCCCAUGCAGCUUGGGAUCAUCGCUGCACAGACCCAAGAGCGAAGAGAGAGCACUCCAAGGCCAGCUACCAUCGCAAAGUUGGCCCUUUCUGGGCGCGCUGGGUGAACCCCGUGGACCCAUCCUCCGCUUCGAAAAAACAGGCCAAUCCAGUGGCCAAUACCAGCGAGGAAGAGCCUCAGAAACGCCAAAGAUUAUCGGAAACUACUCUCACGAGCACAACUUCUUCCACGGCAAACACCUCGAACCCAGCCAUCACUCCCGGCCCAGUUAGCAAGUCCUCGAGCAAGGCCCCCGCACCGAACACCCCUUCUUCAAGCACCGCGAAAAAACAGACGGCCCCCAAGAGAAAACCAGGCAGGCCUCCUAAGUCCGCCAAAACAUGUAAAGAUCCACGGCAAACCUCGAUCAUGCAGUAUCAUCCCCCAGUCACAGUCUCAGCUUCCACCGCCACUGCAAGCAAGCAGGCUGCAAACGAACCACACUCUGGCACGCCUGACACAUUGGGAGACACUGUUAUGGUGGAUACAAAAUCCGACGAUUCGCCAGAGGGGGACAUGAGUAGGAUGGACACAGAUGCUGCUGCUUCGCAUGAGAGCAUCGUGGCUCAAGGUCAUGAUGGAAAUGGUGGUCACAUUGCAGGAUCCCAGCCCACCACCGAGAUAGACAUGGAUAUGUCUGACUACACAAUGACCGAUUCCCAGGGGAGUGCUGAAUCCCAAGUUCCAGUUUCAGGGUCGGGUUCUGAUACAAUCAACCCUGAGAAGAAGAAGAAGAAGAGCCGGUGGGGCCAGAGAAAGAAGACUGGCAAGACGGCUGCUUUAGCAAGGGACGAAACCCAGGAACGGGCAGAAGGUAGUGAGGGUACCAAGCCUCAGGAGAAGAGCACUUCUGAGGCGAAAGUGCUCAAGGAUCAAUCCCAAUGUUCCGGGAACAACAAAAACAACAACAACAACAACAACAACAACAACAACACGAAGAAGAAGGCGAAGGAGGGAAAGAUGAAGAAUAAGAAUGACGCGAAACGACAAGGUGGGGGGGCUGCUACCUCUCAGGGGAACAACACAGGAUGUAACGGCAAACUUGGCAACGCAGCGAAGGAGGUCGCUCAAGGAAAUUUGACUCCCAGCAGCAAGACAGGGCAAGGCAAGGGCAAGGGCAAGGGCAAGGGCAAGGGCAAAGGCAAAGGCAAGGCUCGUAACGGGGCCAAAAGCCCGGAGAAGGAUUUUGAUAUGGACAUUGAUACAACGACGGACUAG